AUGCCAGGCGUUUGUGCCACCACCGCUGCAUUCUCCUGCAUCGUCGUCCUUCUCAGCUGUCCUUUGGUCUCCGGAGCCGCCGUCUCCUCCAUGCGCCGACUGUCGGACACGAUAAAUAUUGGAUUCCUAGCGGAAUAUUCACAGAUGCGAGUGACGCUGGGCGGACUGCCACUGGCCAUCGAGGAUGUGAACAAGAAUCCCAACCUUUUGCCGGGCAAGAAGUUGGCCUUCAAGCCGGUUGACAUUGGUCACAAAAUGAGCGCCUACCGCGUGAAACCAUUGAGGGCGAUGACACAGAUGCGGGAAGCUGGCGUGACCGCAUUCAUCGGUCCCGACGAGAGCUGCACCACGGAGGCGCUGCUGGCCUCCGCCUGGAACACACCAAUGCUCUCCUUCAAAUGCUCGGAUCCAAUUGUCUCCAACAAAAGUACAUUUCACACCUUUGCACGAACCUUAGCUCCUGCUUCCAAGGUCUCGAAAAGUGUUAUCAGUCUGCUGAACGCCUUUCAUUGGAAUAAAUUCUCCAUAGUAGUCAGCUCAAAACCGAUUUGGGGCUCGGAUGUAGCCCGUGCCAUUCAGGAAUUGGCGGAAGCCCGGAACUUUACCAUCAGUCACUUUAAAUAUAUUUCGGACUACAUACCAACCACAAAGACACUUUCGCAGAUCGAUAAAAUUAUUGAAGAAACAUAUGCCACCACUCGCAUCUACGUGUUCAUCGGGGAGCACAUUGCCAUGGUGGACUUUGUGCGUGGCCUCCAGAAUCGUCGGCUGCUCGAGAGUGGGGACUACAUCGUGGUUUCGGUGGACGACGAGAUCUACGACUCGAAUCGAAGGGUGAACAUUAUGGAACGUAAUUAUUUAGAUCCUUAUAUUAGAAAAGAAAAGAGCAAAUCGCUGGACAAAAUCUCAUUUCGUUCAGUUAUAAAAAUAAGCAUGACAUAUCCACAAAACCCCCAUAUUCGCGACAUUUGUUCAAAAAUAAAAGAUUAUGCCCGAAAAACUCCAUUUCUGGUGCCAUAUCAUCAACGUGUCUUUGACAACAUAUCGGUUCCCAUAUAUGGCCUACAUCUUUACGACAGUGUUAUGAUCUAUGUUCGAGCGAUAACAGAAGUUUUAAGACUGGGCGGUGAUAUUUACGAUGGCAACUUGGUAAUGAGUCACAUUUUCAAUAGGUCCUAUCAUUCCAUUCAAGGAUUUGAUGUUUACAUAGACUCUAAUGGCGAUGCUGAGGGUAAUUACACAGUCAUAACUCUGCAAAACGAUGUGGGCAGUGGAACCUCGGUAGGUUCUCUAGCCAAGAUGUCCAUGCAGCCAGUUGGGUUCUUUGCCUACGACAAGAACUCGGAUAUUCCAGAGUUCCGCUACAUAAAGAAUGAUAGACCCAUCCAAUGGCUAAAUGGGCGUCCUCCGCUCGCGGAACCCCUAUGUGGUUUUCAUGGCGAACUGUGUCCCCGAAAGAAACUCGACUGGCGUUACCUGGUAUCGGGUCCACUAUGUGCCCUCGUUGUGGUUGUGGCUAUUGCUCUGCUAAUCAAGCAUUACCGAUAUGAACAGACUCUGGCAGGUCUUUUGUGGAAAGUGGACAUGAAGGAUGUCACCGUCAUAAAUCUGGGCGAAUACAACAAUCCCACUAAUAAGAAUAUUUUCCAAAUCUGCCGUCAAAGCAUUUUAGUGGUUGGUGAGCCCAACAAAAGGUCCUUUACCAAUAUAGCUCUAUAUCGUGGCAAUAUUGUGGCCAUGAAAAAGAUUCACAAAAAGAGCGUGGACAUCACCCGAUCCAUUCGCAAGGAACUGAAACUGAUGCGAGAGGUGCGGCAUGAGAACAUUAUCAACUUCAUUGGCGCGUCCACGGAUCACGGAUCCGUGAUCCUCUUCACCACUUACUGUGCACGCGGCAGUUUGGAGGACGUGCUGGCCAACGAAGAUUUGCAUCUGGACCACAUGUUCAUCUCGUCCCUCGUGUCCGAUAUCCUAAAGGGAAUGAUCUAUCUGCACGACUCGGAGAUAAUAUCCCAUGGCAACCUUCGAUCCAGCAACUGCCUCAUCGACUCCCGAUGGGUGUGCCAAAUAUCGGACUUUGGACUCCACGAGCUGAAAGCAGGCCAAGAAGAGCCCAACAAGAGUGAACUGGAACUGAAACGUGCCCUCUGCAUGGCGCCGGAGCUUUUGAGGGACGCCUACCGACCAGGACGCGGAUCCCAAAAGGGGGACGUCUAUUCCUUUGGGAUUCUGCUCUACGAGAUGAUUGGCCGCAAAGGACCUUGGGGCGACACGGCCUACUCAAAAGAGGAAGUCAUCCAGUUUGUCAAGUGCCCGGAAAUGCUGCAGCACGGAGUAUUCCGACCUGCUCUGACCCACACCCACUUGGACAUUCCGGACUACAUCCGGAAGUGCCUGUGCCAAUGCUGGGAUGAAGAUCCCGAGGUCCGGCCCGAUAUCAGGCUGGUUCGCAUGCACUUGAAGGAGCUUCAGGCUGGCUUAAAACCCAAUAUAUUCGACAACAUGCUAUCGAUAAUGGAGAAGUAUGCUUACAAUCUCGAGGGUUUGGUUCAGGAGCGAACUAAUCUGCUGUACGAAGAGAAGAAGAAAACCGAUAUGCUCCUUUAUCAGAUGCUGCCAAGACCUGUGGCCGAGCUCCUGAAGCGAGGAGAUCCUGUCGAGGCUGAAUGCUUCGACUGUGUCACUAUAUUGUUCAGUGACAUAGUGGGAUUCACCGAACUCUGCACCACAAGCACUCCCUUCGAGGUGGUGGAGAUGCUAAACGAUUGGUACACCUGCUGCGACUCCAUCAUAUCCAACUAUGAUGUCUAUAAGGUUGAGACCAUUGGCGAUGCCUAUAUGGUGGUGUCCGGACUGCCACUGCAGAAUGGAAGUCGUCAUGCUGGGGAGAUAGCCUCACUGGCUCUCCAUCUCUUGGAGACGGUGGGUAAUCUCAAGAUCCGGCACAAGCCCACCGAGACAGUUCAGCUGCGCAUUGGAGUUCACUCAGGUCCUUGUGCAGCAGGUGUAGUGGGUCAGAAGAUGCCCAGAUAUUGCCUCUUCGGGGACACGGUGAACACGGCAAGUCGCAUGGAGAGCACUGGUGACUCCAUGAGAAUCCAUAUAUCCGAAGUCACCUACCAACUGCUCCAGGUGAUCGGUAGCUAUGUGUGCAUUGAAAGAGGUCUCACCAGCAUAAAGGGCAAGGGCGACAUGCGAACCUAUUGGCUGACCAAGCGCCAGCAAGCGGAGCUAACUCCGGAUCUGAUUAGCACCGUGGACACCUUGGACACCUACUGCUCUGGGGCACGAGAGAGCAUGGAGGCCGCAGUCCACCAAUAUUGUAGUCCAGCUACGAAUAAUUACAGAUCGGGAUCCUGCAACUGUGACACCAAGUGUUUGUAUAGCCGUCGAUCGGACGACAACGUGACCAAUUCCCAUGGAACUUCCGAAUUUCCAAAGAUCAGUGAACCCACGCAGGUCAAUUGCAAUCAAUUAUGUGUUUGCCGAUUGAACAGCAAUCAAGUGUUCAGUAAUCGAGGUCCGCGAUCGGCGCCCAGUAUCACAUUUAGACUAUAAGCAUACAAUUAUAAUUACCUUUAGGCUCCUUGAUCGACGUGAAUUACUGCAACAUCUCUUUUACAAUAUGUUAAACUAUUAUUACACAAAUUCCGCGAAA